GAUGGCGGCCACCUUGACUAGAGGACUGUCAGGUAUAGUGAGACCUCUGACAGGUCUAGGACAGUCCUGCUUUAACCUCGCAGUCAGAGCGCCGCUGUUUCUCCCUCGCUUCUCCAUACUUAUUCAGCGACACUUUGGGUUUAAACCGCUGCCUUCUCUCAAUGCCUGUGGGCUUCAACAGCAGACUCUACUGCAACGAGUCUCUCCUCUUGUUCCAUCACUGAUGCAGCAGCCCUGUAGAAACCUGACAUAUUAUAGUGUGAAGAAGGGCAAGAGGAAGACCGUGAGAUCUGUGGUGCAGAGGUUUCUGAGGCUGCACUGUGGCCUGUGGGUGAGGAGAAAGGCUGGAUACAAGAAGAAGCUUUGGAAAAAAUCAGCCGUGAGAAAGAAGCGUUUAAGAGAGCACGUAUUCUGCAAUAAGACUCAGUGCAAAAAAUUAGACAAAAUGACGACAUCCUUUUGGAAAAGAAGAAACUGGUACCUUAAUGAUCCUUACCAGAAAUAUCACGAUAGGGUUAACUUGUAAGUGUCCUUUAGCACUCUUCUAUUAGGAAUGUUCUGUUCUGUGCAGAAAAUGUUUUUGUUUGUACAGUGUGUACAUCUGACCUUUACGCUUAUCGGAACCACAACAGAGAAUACAGUUAGCACUUUCUGCAGAUGUAACGUCACGGAAAAUAUUCAUGCAGGUUGAAAAGCAAUGUUCGUUUUCUGCAUUCUGGUCAGUGUAAAGAGCUCUGAUUAUUGAAAUAAACCAGUUUCAGUCUUGCGUGUCAGAA